AUGAUAUCCACCACUCCUCCCAAGAAAAAGCGGCGUUUUGACUAUUUGGAUUUUACCCCACAUGCUGCCCACUCUGCAAGACGAAGAGAAUCGAACCCGAGCUUACGGGCUAGCUCACACCCUCCCAAACACUGUCUUAAGCAUAAAACCUCCCGACUUCCUUCUGUCGCACCCCCAGUCGACAGCUUGAACACAACUAAUCUUGAAGACAGUCUAGACGGCCCUCAUGAAGGUAGCGAAUUCGUGAAUGGUCAAAAUAGAGAUGCCGGGAAUGGCUGUAAUAUUACUAAAGCCUUUUACGAGACUGAUGAAAUUGAACUCGUGGAAGACGAGGACCUUCAGAUCAUUGGCGAAACGGAAAUUCGAGAGCAAGCCUCACACGACGAUCCCGACGAUAUUCCUGUUCGGAUUCUGAGUGAUUUCUCUGUCUACGACUCGGAGACUCAACAGCUCGUAAAAACAGAGCAACUCCUGGCGCUCAUUGAGUCUGACGUUUCACCUCCACCGAACUGUCACUACCGGGCAUCAGGUUCUGUACAGCCAUUUGUCGACGAUGAUGAUGAAGACGAAGACGAAGGCGAAGAUGAAGAUGAAGAUGAAAACGAAGAGGACUCACUCGAACAGGAAACUGAAGAAACACAACGCGUCGCGCUGUCCCCUAUCCUUGAAUUCAAUAUCCAUCAUGUGUCCGACGAAACUGGGAUAGAUGGCAAAAUUUACCUGAGAACAAAAUACGCCUGGUACAUUCUACAUAAACCGUCGAAGCAAUACGCACCAUUUUUCGAAUCUUUCUGGAUUAAGCAUCGAAUUCUGCACUUGAUUGUGGCUUUCUCUAUUGCAGACCCGCGGAUCACGCUUUCACAAUUCGUUGAAUCCUUGAAAGUAACAGUUCUCUCUCCCCCCGAUGUAGCCACGGCAGUGGAUAUGCUCGGUCGGGAGAUCAGUAAGGAGGAUGUCCUCUGCGACGAUGUUAGGAUAUACGUUUUGAGCAUGUUAGGAAAGCUAGGAGAACAGGACAUAAAACUCGGCCGAGUUCCCCUAAUCCGCUAUCUAUUCGAUACCACCCAACUGCCCCGCAACUUUGUAGAACGCGAACCUGGUCGGACAACUGAAUUGAGUAAUGUAGAACACGAGGUGCUCAAGCACCGUAACCCAACCAUUGUAACGCCGAUUAUAGCUCGUGUCGCGGACGGCUUGUUCCCAAGAGAGCUCACAGUCGCGGGAUCAGAGAUCCCUGAUGAUGUUUUAACAUAUGGUACCCAGCACAUUACCGCAGGCGAGCUUGUACAUUUGGAAAAUCCUACGUCCAUCAAAUGGGGAAGACGCUCUAGAGCUCAUGACCAUUAUUGGAACGUCCAUAUCGACGGUGUUAGUUAUAACGUCGGCGAUACAGUGAUCAUUGAACCAGGACUAGAUGAUGAUCGGGCACGAGAGAUGAACCAUGUCAGUGUCGGUGCCCAGACCAAGAAUUCUCUUGGAAACGAAAAAUGGUAUGCGGAUUUUUCUUUCCCGAAUCAUGUAAGAUUUCCGAUGUUUUGCCGCUACUUGACUGGUAGGUUCAUGCGUAUCUGCUAUCUGUUCGAAGAAAAUGGCGAGAAGCUGUGCCAUGGCCAAUGGUUUUCUCAUGGCUCUAAGACAGUCCUGCAGCAAACGGCGCAUCCUCAAAGCCUGUUCUUGAUGAACCUCUGUGACGAUAUUCCUCUUGCCUCUAUCUUACAAAAGUGCAAUCUUCGAUUCCUAGCUGCGAAUGAGCAGGAGCCCCCUUUAGGUAUGGAGACGGUCGAGAACGACUUUUUUUGCAGCAUGCUAUGGGAUGAAGAUGAAUGUGCAUUUGUUGACAUUUCAGAUACCGAAACUGAACGGGCACUGUCACAUUGUGAGCCGCACGAGAGGUGCAUGUCCUGCGGGAUGAAGCGACUGUCGAAGCUUCGUGAGAAGGUCCUGCCCAAGGAAGACACAUUUUCUCUGCGUGAUGUGCAAUAUCACAUCCGCGACUUCGUUUACCUGUCAUCGAACGGAGACUCGACAUACGGCUUGGCCCAGAUCAUUGGAAUUGAGGGUGCCCGCCGACUGAACAUUCACGUUCGUUAUCUAGCCCGCUAUGACGACGUUGUCCUCAAGGAGCUGGAGAGGGAUCCGGAGCUUGUUGAUUGGAAAAAAGACGAGCGACGACUUUUCCUCACAUCCGAAGAGGACAUUGUCGACGCUGCCCAAGUUGUCGGAAAAUUCUAUGUUAUGCAUCUCAAGGCGAUCAACAACUUCGAUCAGUGGAUCAGCCUCGAGGACCACUUCUACAUUCGUAACUCGGUGGAAACAUCGGCAGCCUCCGUCAAAUCUCGGAAAGAUCUAAACCGCUUGGCACAGGAAGACUUCACCUUCUGCGAGUGGUGUCACCAGGGUUGCAUGAAAAAUCUAGAAGAAAGGGAAGCGCUUUUGAGCCGAAAUGGUCCGGUGCGGGCUCUUGAAUUAUUUGCGGGGGCUGGCGGAUUGUCUGCUGGCUUCGACAUGUCUGGCUUCGUACAGACAAAGUGGGCAGUGGAAUUCUCUCCAAGUUGCUGCUUGACGUACCAAGCGAAUCACCCGCAUGCAACGGUGUAUAAUCAAUGUUCAAAUCUUCUCCUCAAGCACGCCAUCGAGACUCGCGAUGGAAAGGAGCCUGCUCCCCUGCUCAGCCUCCGCGACAACAAGACUUGCCUCCAACAGAUGCCCCAGCCUGGAGAGGUGGACUUCAUCUAUGGUGGUCUGCCGUGCCAGAGCUUCAGCAUGGCGAACAGCAAUAAGAAACAAGAUGAUAUCAGAGAUACCUUAGUAUGCAAUAUGCUUUCGUAUGUUGACUUUUACAAGCCCGACUACUUCCUCCUGGAGAAUGUGUGGGGGAUGGUGCACCACAAGAUUCAAGGACGCGACUCAGAAGUCGCGAUGGCCGUUAUCAAGUUCAUAAACCGUGGGCUUACCAGCAUCGGCUAUCAAGUCCAUUUCAAGGUCCUCCAAGCAGGCCAUUAUGGGUCCCCGCAGGCCAGGCGGCGCGUCAUCUUUUGGGCUGCACGGCGAGGGCUUCCGCUUCCAGGAUUCCCGGUGCCGACGCACCGCUUCGAGCAGAGAAUGGGGAUUACGAAACUUGCCAAUGGGAAGACGCUGUCGCCCGUGACUCGCACGGGCGACGACAGCGAUCACGGUGCACCGCUGAACCCAGUCAAGGUGCAAGAUGCCAUCGGCGACCUUCAUCACGUUUCUCAGCUCCCCUUCGACUGGAAAAAUCCGCACUACGUGUUGCCCCGCACGACCGUCUCGACACAAGAAAACGCAGAGCGCAGAGCGCGCGGCAUCAAGGCCGUUUCCGCGGAAAGCUUGGAGGGGGACACCUACCCCGGCUUUGCGGACCCUGUGGAGUAUGCAUACGAACCGCGGACGCGGUACCAGAUGUGGAUCCGCGGCGGCGAGGCAGGCGGGACGGUCGCGUACCAUUACACCCGACGGUUCCCGAAGAAGACGAUCGAAUGGUCUUCCCGAAGUGUUGCGACCCGAGCGCAGGGGCACGGGCCCGGAAAAAGGUACUCGACAUUGCGCAUCCACCAUUUCUUUCUUCCUAGUCUUGUUGACCCUUUCCUCGCAGUCAUUAAAUUUGGCCGCAUCGACUGGAACGGGCACUUCAUGACCGCGAUGACGACCGUAGUCCCCAACAGCCGCGGCAGCCGCGUCAUCCACCCCCUCCAAAAGCGCAUCUUGACGGUGCGCGAGUGCGCGCGCGCGCAGGGGUUCCCAGAUCACUGGCGGUUCUUAUCCGUCAACGACAAGCCGAACCGGAUCGUCGACGACGUGCGCGUUCUCUCUCCCCCUCUCCCUGUUUCGCCCGUGCUUACCGCUUGCGACCCCGCCGUUCCGAUGCCCGCGAUCGCGCAAUUGUUUUUUUUUGGCGCACGGCGCACGGUGGCGAUGGGCGAACAGCAAUACCGCCAGAUCGGCAACGCGGUGCCCGUCCCGCUCGCGCGCGCGCUGGGGGGUGCGCUCGGCGAGACGCUGCUGCGGGCGUGGCGCGCGGAGGAGGCCGCUGCGGGCGGGGCGGUGGCCGUGCUGCGUGAGGGGAGUCCCGAAGUCUGAGCGCGCGAGGGGAGCGGAGAAAGAGAGGACGGAGGUGGAGUUGCGUGCGACGCGUUCGGGUGCGAUCUAUCUGGGAUUUUGGACGUGGGGGACGUGGUGAGCUGGACUUGAGCUUGAACUCGAGUGCGAAGGACGAAGCGGUGUCUUGGAUACCCGGACGCUUGUGUGUUUUGAUCUUGAUCUAGACAUCAUUGUAGCCUCAGGCAGGUUGUUGUUUGUUCGUUGCGCAGUAGUAGGUGUUUGGUGUAGCUUUUUUUGUUUUGUUGUAGUCGUCGUCGUGUCCGUCGUCGCAACUCGUCAGCGUGUCGCACCAGGUGCAAGGGAACGAACUUUCUGAUCUGG